GGACGGAGGGUGAGGCCAGCAUCUGCGAGCAGAGCUGCUAUCGCGGAGUCACUGCGAGGGGACGACGGCCAAAGAACCGAAAAUAAGACAAGACUUUAAAAUCUGGAGAACAAAGGAGGAAGCCGGAGCCACCAGAGCCGAGUGACCUCACAGGGGGCGGAGCUUGGAGAGAUGCCGUUUGUGCUCUUUUUCUGGUGGACGUCCGUGUGGACGCUGGUCUUAGUUGCUUGGUUGCUUCCAGAAGCCUCGGCUGCCCCGUCCUCGGGCGCACAGUUUACCCUCAGCAGCUUCCAAGCUUCCUUCGACCAGGCCGUAGAGGCGUGCUCCCCUGGCGUCCUGGCCAGCCUCACCAACAAGCAGGACGUCCAGCGAAUCACAGAGCUCCUCAAAAGUUCAGCUGAGAAGACGUUCUGGAUCGGGUUGAAGAAGAAUAAAAACGAUUGUGUUACUCAGACGCACGCCCUGCGAGGAUUCCGGUGGGUGGAGGACAACAGUCAGGUCACACAGGUGAGGAGGUGGGUGAAAGAGCCGAAGCUGACCUGCAUCGAGGCCCGCUGCGGCGCCCUCACCCAUGAGUUUGUGCGGUCUGAUGUGCAGCUGGGUCUGCUUUCUGACUCCUGCAAAGCCAAGAACCACUUCAUCUGCAAGCAGAAAGACAGACCAACAGGCGGUACGCCCACCACCACACCUGUAACAACAGAACCAGAACCAACGACACCUCAAACCAGACCUGGAACUAUAAAACCCAGCACAGCUGCACUGCAACCGAGCCCAAGUCCCAAGUCUGAAUCAGAUCCGUGUCACCUUCCUCAAAUCCCCAACCGCUCGUUCAAAAUGUCCUCGCUAAACAGCCUCACGAUCCAGCUGGAGUGCUGGUCGGACAUCACCGUGGACCUUCGGUGCCACGGCCAGCCCCUGAUGUGGCGAGUCCUCGACGGGUCCCCAGCCGACUUCAGCAUCCUCUGCCAGCCGUGUGAGGCCGGGUUCCGGAAGGACGACUUAGGACGUUGCGUGGACAUCGACGAGUGCGGCGUCGGCGCGCCAUGCCAACACACGUGCAUCAACACGCCGGGCUCGUACAGGUGCGUCUGUGCCAACGGCACCCAAGCGGAUGGCGCCACAUGUGGAGACGCCGACCAGAACAACAACAAGCUGUCCGGGCUGUUGGUUCCGGUGCUGGUCGGCACGGCAGCACUCAUCCUGCUGGUGGUGGUGGUGGUGGUGACGGUGAAGUGCUGCAUGAUGAGGAGGUCCAGGAAACGGGCCAAAGCGGAAGCUGAGAAGAUGAGGAUGAGGAGCAGCAACGGCAGGGAUUCCUUUGCAACAGCCAAUGAGAAAGAAGCAAGAUGAAGGGGGCGGAGUCUGUUUCCAUUUAUAUUACCAAGAAAAACUGAACAGACCGGAGAAGAUGAGCUGUGAAUGUGGGUGUGAAGGAUGACUUAUUGACCCGGUCUGGUUGAUGUGUCACCUCUCCACCAUUAACUUGAGACUUUUUGCCCUGCGUACUGUCUGACAGGCUGUUCCAAUCAGAAACAGGUUUCCCUUAUAAUUAGAAAUUAUUAGUUCAAACAAGGAGCGUUGUAGGAAGUUACUUUUACCUAAGUAUUUUUUUAACCUACUCCUUAAGAGUAGGCUCUGAUUUUAUUCCACUGUUUGUCUUUUUUUAAUAAAGUAUCUUUAUUUAUAAACAUAUGAGUUGCAUAAUUUUAACUUUUCUGUUAAUUUUUCCUCAUAAAUUUACUCAAAAUCACUAUUUAUAAGCUCAAUCAAACUGGAUUAAAUCCAGGUUUUUAUUAUUCGAUAUACAGACUCAUAUACUCACCUGUUUUACCUGAGAGGGCCCUCACAUUUCCACAUAAGCCCCCCCCCCCUUGAGUCGUCCUCUGGUACAGAAGCAGGAAAUGAUGCGUGCUCACAGGCUGCGUUUCCUGUUUAGUGAAAGACGGCAGAUGCAAAAACUGCAGUUAUUUACGGAGUGAGGAAGCUGGAAUAAUGCGUUUCUGCCCCAACGGCGGCGUUUGAAGGCUGAGAGCCGAACGCAGCAUCACUUCUCACUGAGAAGGAACAACAGAGAAAGGUCGUGACCUUUGACCUUUAUCGUUCAUUCAGAUGAAUCCUCGUCCUGCUGAUGGAGGAUUUUCUAUGAUCCUCCUUAAAGAAAACGUGUCUGUUACCUUCACAAAAGAGAUUUUUUUUAUAUUUGAUUUGAUCAUGUUUUUACUUAUUUGAAAAAGUUUUCCUCUUCAUUUAAAAUAAUUUUUCCAUAAAAUUGUACAAAGUACUUUAUGUAGAAUGUAUUUUAUUUGAUUUUUAUGAUGGUUUACUUACUUUAAUCAGAUGAUUCAUUUUUUGGGGUCAAAGAUUUCUGCAGUUUCCUGCAGAACAGUAGAUCAGUUCUUGUUUUGUGUUUUUUUUUUUACUUUUCUUUUAGUUUUUGUUUGUCCAGUUGGUGGAUUAGAGUGUCGUUUUUUACUCAUCUUUCGCUACUUUUUGUACAUUUCUUUACAGUAGAAUGUAUUUGUCUGAAAUUGCUUUGGAAAUAAAUAUUAAUUUUUACUUUAUUAUUUUUUUAAGCUGCUUUUUUUCAACUUUUUGACCUUCCGUCUGACAUUUUUUUUAAUUGAUUUUAGCAGUUGGUUCUGCAGCUCAACUUUCUCUUCAAUCUUUUCUUGGUGGUUCGAUCCCGACCUCUUGUUCUCCUCUGGUUCUGAGUCCAUCUCCAUCCCCGUCCUCUUGCUUCUAUUUUUUUUAGAAAGGUGUAAUUCCCAGAAUGAGCAGCAGGGGGAGCCAGAGGAGCUGUCAUGGAGCGGUGAGUCUCCUGGCAUCGGUCCAGCUGCCAGGAAAAAGGUGGUGGUGGUGGGGGAUCAGAAACAGGAUUUCUUUGAUCCUGGAUCAGAUCUGGAGGAUCUUUUACAUCUCUGUGCUGCAUCCACCAACGAUGAUGAAGAAGAACCGGAUCAGAACCGAUGGACCAUGGAGGUGUUUGAUGUCCAGUGAAGGUACCAGUUCUUCCCGCAGAACCAUGUGGUUCUGGUUGUUCUGGUCUCAAAUUGAAGUUUGUUUCUGUCGCUCUAAAGCGGUUUCCAUCAUGAGCGGGAGGAAGGCCCGGUCCAAACAGAGGGGAACCUCGUGGACCCUGAUGAAAGUCUGGACCCCACGGUGACAGCUGAGCGAGUACGAGUGUGUGGUUACUUCAGGUGAGCAGUGAUGUCAGAGGUCACAUGAUGAGCUUGUCAGCUGCUCGCCGACCUUUUGACCCGAAAGUGAACCGGUUCUGCAGGAAGCCGAGGAGCUAUUAUUAAAGCUCUGACUCAUGAUCAGAACACAACCUGAACCCGAACACACCUUAACCCCCCCGUGACCCUCAUCACAUCCAGGUUCAGGUCCAGGUCCUGUCCCCGCCGCCGUCGGGUCCUGGAGUCUUCCAGUCUCUGCUGUGACAUCAUAAUUACCGUGGAGCGCCAUCCUGAGUGACGGCUGCAGGAUUUACGGUCCUGAGUCACACCGAAACCCGGACCGGAUCCAUCAACCAGGUCUGACGCAGUCCAGGAAGUGUGGGGGGUGGGGUGGGGGCGGGGCCUGAACACUAAAAUACAAGUUCUGGAUCCAAAACACUGGAAUCAAAACCACCUCCUUCCAACGUUUGUCUGGAGCCAAAAACACUUUCAGGGGGAAAGAGACCAGUUCUUCCCAUCAGAACUCUUGAACCGGGUCUCAGAACCAUCCAUGAAGAACCAGAGAACUCUCAAAAAACAAACAAAAAAAA